AUGAACAAUCUACUCCAUUCACACCCUCCUCAAUCACAUCUUGAUCUGGCGCCACCAGAUCAAAUCCUCAUUCGCUCUUCCAUCAACCCCCUGGCCGUCUCCACCCCAACUCCAACCCGCUCCACCCAAACUCCGAUGGCCAGAACCAGCUUCGGAGGCGCAAUCGCCCGCGUCUUGACUAAUACCAAGGAUCCUUCAGAGCGUCCAUCACCGGAUUUCCUCUUCCUUUGCGGUGAGCCAGACAUGCCCAUAUCCAGGAAAAAGACGUGUGUCCAGUGCCGCAAAGCAAAAGCCCGCUGCAGCCUCACUCUCCCGCGCUGCACGCGAUGUAUAGACAAGAAUCUCGCCUGCGACUAUGCACGCUUGAUCCCCUAUUCCGUAUUACCUCCUGCUUCUUCUGCUACCAACGCCAACUCGCAUCCCGGGGAUCUGCGCGAUGCAGCGGCGGAUAUGCGGGUCCUCGCCGCCAGGAACGGACAUGACAGCAACGGCCUUCCGGACAGCGUCCUGAUCGAUUCGCUCGGCAUGGUCUCGUCGUCCUCGUCCACACCUCCUCUCUCAUCCGCCGCGCCAAUGACGGUUCCUGGCCGCUCGGACUGGCCGCUGCUGCAGCACGUUGAUCUGGGCCCUGAUGCCGGCCUCGACACUUCCGCCAUGCCUCCGAUCGAGCCCUGCCAAAACGUCUUUGGUUUCCUCAACAUGACCAUGCCGGGCCAUGCAGCCCCAGAGGGUGUCCAAGAUGAAGAUGAUCGUCUUCGAAAUUCCAUCACCGGCUCCGGCACGCAGUCCGACUUUCUGAUGCAUGACGUGAGGUCCCGGAUUCUUACCAAGCGCCGCGGCCUCAAUGCCACUACGGUGCUCUCCACGAGGGCAAUCCUUGGCCAGCAAGAGUCAUACGAUUCGGAAACACUGCUUGAGUCAGUCCAGGCAUUGACAGUAUACCUCUUACUUCAAGCACAGGAUACAGAGACCCUAGCAAAGAACGAUGUCAAAUUCCUCCUCAUCACAAUAGCCACACCAUCGAAACCCCCUUCUGCCGUCGAACCUGGGUUCUCUACGAAAGCUCACGAAGGUGCUUCCCCCCUCUACUCCCAUCCCAUCCCCUUCAUCCUUCAUCCUUCAUCCUUCAUCCUUCAUCCUUCAUCCUUCAUCCCAUCAACGCCCAUGCUGAUCCUCACACACAGAACGCUAUGCCUCCUCUACGUCGUCGAAAUGUUCCUCGAAGUCACCCUCCGCCAACACGAAGCCCGCUGCUGCCAAAGCUUCGCCAACGCGCCCCUCCCCUGCACCCGCGAGCUCUGGGAAGUCCCCUCCACCUACGAAUGGAGCAGGCGCUACGGCGCGUUUCUCCGCGGCAGGGCCGUCGACAAGAUCCUCACCCUGGCCGACUACAAGCUGUCGCACCAGCUGUCGGCCGAGGAGCUCGUCAGCGGGACGGGAACGGGGGAGGGCGGCGGGAGUAUCACGCAGGAUGUCAUCAGGUGGUGUGAGGGCUUGGAUCAGUUUGGGACUUUGAUUUCGCUGGCGGCGACGCUGGUCAAGUAUGAUCAUGGGCCGUCGAUAAUAGGGAGUCAUUUGUAUAAUAAGAUUGCGUAG